CACAGCUCUGCAGGCUGGGUCUAUCUCCGUUAAGUCACCGCCCAUUUCAACAGAGGAGGCACGGCUUACGCAUCAGUCUUGGGCUCUCUGUCUCGACCGUUGCUUGUUGGACAGCGUAAGGUAGCAGAGUGGACAACGCUGGCUGUCUUCCACCUGUCUUUGCUCCUCGAUUGUUCACUGCACUCCAGGAAUAAUAUAUUUUUUUACGUUGGCCAGAGGGGGCUUGGUCAGAACUUUAGGUACAACACAGUGCAGAGCUUUUAUGGAAGGAUAACUUCUGCAGCCUCCACAUGAAACAUUAUUAACACCACCAUCUGAAAGCUAAAGCUGUAGCAAUCUACCAUAGUUAAGUGAGGUAGACCGCAUCUUUGAAGCGUAACCCAACCACCAAGACCAAGGGUUUCCGGUUAUCUAAUCCCCACCAACCUUUUGCCAGCUCCUGUAACAACUCCAAACUUCCUGCUUUGGCCUUUCCCCCGCAGCCACCAUGCGUCCCUCACUUGCCACAGCGGUCCUUCCAAGGACCCGUAACCAUCCCCACACAGCCCACCCCCACAAUGCACACGGAUUGUCCGGACACUUGGGACGGGAGCACCUGUCAGCGCCUCGGAGGCGCAGCCCGCACCUGCGACACACACUCAGCCCGGAGAACCUUCGGUGCCUGGCAGAGCGCGGUGGCGCCGCCGGGGACAUGGCUUCCGUGGUGAGUAGCCCCAUUGGCCUCCCGAGGGCCAACAGUGACACGGACCUGGUGACGUCGCAGAGCCGUUCGUCGCUGACUGCGUCCACGCUGGAGUUCACGCUGGGUAGGGGCGAGAACCUGGUCAUCUCCUGGGACAUCAAGGAGGUGGUGGAUGCCACCGACUGGAUUGGCCUCUACCACAUCGGUGAGACACUCAGCAUGCUUAUUUCACAAUGGUAGUUAGUAACUAGGAACGUUUAAAGUAGAACACAUGAACUGGUUGCCCCCAGGGAUACAUAGUUAUGUUGUCGUCCAGUACAACAUAAUCUUAUUCAACUAAUGAUAUAGCCCUUGAUUAAAUGAAUCAGUUGUGUUAGUUCAGGUGUAAACAAAAAUGGUCAACCCCAGGGGUACCCCGCCAGAAUAAGGUAGAACACUAGUUUACCUUAUCCAGCUACUU